UGUUGCCUCAUCUGCUUCUGCUACGCCCAGGAACUCUCACUGCAAUUUGGAAAGAAAUGAAUUCGUUCGCGGAUGGUGGCUCAAGGAAUGCAGAAGUUACAGAUGCUUUGUUAUUUAUGAUAGCUCAUGACAACAUGCCAUUGAGAACCCCUGAAAAGCGAGGUUUUAGAGUGUUUUGCAAAAAAUUGAACUCCAGGUAUGAGGUACCCUCAGAGCCAACAACGACCAAGAAACUGGGUGUCAAGUAUAGAGUCCUUCGGUCAAAAGUGAAGAUCAUGCUUAAACAAGCAGAAUCAUAUUCUCUUACUACUGACAUUUAUACGCACAAGAAUACCACUGUAAGCUAUCUUGGGUUCACGAUUCACUUUUACAGAGCUCUAAGGAAAUAACUCUUGAAAUCAGCUGCAGGCCCCUCCGAGAACGUAAGACUAUUUUUAAUCUAGCCAAAAUUAUGAGAAGUGUCAAUGAGGAGUGGGGCAUAGAAGUGGAUAAAGUAAAUGGUAUCACUACUGAUGGUGGAGCCAAUAUCAAAGGGGCAGCUAAGGAAGUGUAUGGAGUGAACAAGCAUUUUUCAUGCAUGGAUCAUAUCCUCAACCUCAUCGGCAGCAAAGCUCUAGGACUCCACGGCUCUAAACCUCGUCCAUCUGUUACCUUCUUCAGAAAGAGUGAGGUUGCCACUAGUGAACUUGUAAAGCUCCAGAUUGAGGGCACAAAUAAGACUGAGAAUGAUGCUAAACGGUUAAUCAAUGAGUGUCGCACUCGUUGGAGCUCAGGGGAAGCAAUGUGUGAGCGUUUUCUUGAACUAUCUGAUCCAGUGGGCAGGACUUUAAUGAAGGUGAGCCUAGACAAGUCAAGCAGAAGUGUGCCUCCCGACAUGCUCACUGUGUCUGAGCUGUCAUCAUUGACUGAUGCACAGACACUCUUGAGACCUUUGACUCUAACCACUAAGAGUCUCAAUAGUGCAAAAACUGUAUUCAUCAGCAAAAUCAUCCCUAUGAUCAAUAGCAUGCAAUCGCGGAUUCAAAAAUUUCAACCUAGCACUCCAGUAGGCUUCAACCUAAAGCAGACCCUCCUAGAUGACAUCAAAAAGUUUUUCGGCAAUAUUGAGAGAACCUCGCUCUAUGCAGCUGCGACAUUGUUGGACCCUCGCUUCAAGAGGGUGCCCUUCAAUUCAGAUGUUGCGAUUGCUGAAGGAAUGGGCUACAUUGCCAAACUAAUGAAUGAGCGAAUGAACGCGGUUCGCUGUGAGGCCGAGGCCGAGGCGGAGACCAACCGAAUCUUCGGUGGCCUUGACGAUCCAGAGCAGGUUGCUGAACCAGACGAUGACAGCGACGAUCUCCUGGCGUCCUUCGAUUAGAAAGCCAAGGACUUCACCGC